CCCUGCAAGUUCGGAUCGUUACUACAAGAACAUUUGUCUCAGUGGAUUAUCCUCACUGUCAGGAGCCCAGCCAGAAUGAAACUAGUUCACGUAGCCCUGCUCUAUCUCGGCUCUGUGACCUUCUUCGGGGUGGAUGCUGCAAGGGUGGACGUAGCGACAGAGUUCAAAAGAAAAUGGACGAAAUGGGCACUGAGCCGAGCCAAGCGGGACGUGAAGUCUUCGGGCGCGCUCCGGGGACUGGGGGCAGCCGCCGACGUGCAGCCGCUCAUACGGACCCAGGACGUGAAGGAGGAUCCCCGAGUCUCGCAUCCCAGCAGCCGGGAGGAUGCUCACAUCCGCGUCAAGCGCUACCGCCAGAGCAUUAACAGCUUCGCCCACUUCCAAGCCAUCCGCACGGGGUGCCGGUUCGGGACGUGCACGGUGCAGAAGUUGGCCCAUCAGAUCUACCAGCUGACCGACAAGGAUAAGGACGACGCCGCCCCCGCCAGCAAGAUCAGCCCCCAGGGCUACGGCCGCAGGCGGCGCUCCCUGCCCGAGCGCCGCAGCCCGGCGCGCUCCCCCCGGGCCGGGCGGCGCCCCUGGACGCAGCAGUCGCAGCCCCUCGCCCCCGUCCUCGGGGUCUGAGAGCCGCACUACCCGGCCGAGGCCGUCUCGGAUGGAUGGACUGAGGCACGAACGCUCCGGAGGUCCGCCGCCGCUCGGGAGCCGCCGCCAGGAUUCGUGGAGAGCGCCCGUCCGGGCGGGACCCCGGCGCGCCCUCCCUGGGCCGGGGGUGGCGGAGCGGCGGGCCGCGUCGCCAGGGCCCGGCAGGGCGAGGGGCGGCCGGUCCCGCGGCCCCCGCCCGCGCCCGGCGCGGGGAAGCUGUGAAGGCCGCGUCCCGCUGGGGACGCGCAGGGGCUGCUCCCCCCGCCCGCCGCAGCGGCGGGGCGGUCACUGACUCUUUACCCUCCCCGGGCGAGGCACCGCCGGCUCCCGCGCCCGCCGCCGCCUGGGACUGGAAGGCGACCGGCCUGCGGCCGCCAGAGGCGCCGCUGCCCCGCCGGCCGCCAUGUCGCCCCCUGCCCCGCCGCUGCACCCGGGGGGCCGGGCCUUCCUUGCCGGCGGGCUGCGCUCAGAGCUGUCCCGGCCCCGUCUGCCCCGAGGAGGGGUUGCUCAGGGGAGCCCCGCGG